CGGGAGCGCGCUCUGCGCCCUGGCAUUGUCGCGCUUUCGUCGCGCUCCGCAGCAGUACAAUGGCGCCCAAGGCAACCCUGGGAGAGGUCAGCCCAUCUGCUGCAGAAUUUUGCAAGCUCUGCAUAUCCAGAUCAAACAUGGAGCACCCCAACUCUGCAAAAGCAGCGUUGUUACCUCUGAAGAUGGGCAGACGUGCGACCGUCUGCCCCUCCACGGACCCCCAUUCUACGCCCUAGGCGGUCGUGCAUUUGAUUUCCAAGACUUAUAGGAUGGCUCCGUCAAUAUGGCCCUUCAUGAAGCGCUCACCGUCUUCCAGUACCAGCUCCAGCUCUAGUCCUCCUGUCCAUCCGAAGGUCGUCAAGAUGGCACCAGGUCUCACCACAGACUCCAUGCCCUCCACCUCGAGCAGCUUCGAGAUUCAGAGCUCGACCGGUGCCAGUGCAGCCAAUGGCUGGGCAACUGGAUAUGAGACCUAUCUAAGCGAUGUGUUGGUGGUCGGUGCAGGACCAGCUGGUCUUAUGCUGGCGAACAACCUGGUGCGAUUCGGCAUCAAAACGCAAAUCGUCGACAAUCGACCGGACCGUACAUCCACCGGCCGCGCCGACGGCCUGCAACCGAAGACGAUCGAGACGCUCAGGCAGAUGCGCGUUGCCGAACCUUUGCUGCGGAAGGGUGUCAAGAUCUUUGACAUUGCAUUUUGGAAGUCGACCCGCGAUGCGCCCAUGCACCGUACCGGCCGCGAAAUUCACUACCCUCCAGUCGUCGACCUGCUGGACCCUUACAUCCUCCUGGUGCACCAGGGUAUGGUAGAGGCCACCUUCAUCGACGAUCUGUCCGAACGUGGCGUGGAGGUGCUCCGCAACACCGCCUUUGUCGACUUUGAAUAUACACCAGACCGCGUGCGGCCACUCACGGUACACUGCAAACAGCACGUUUCACAGAGCAAGAAGAAUCUCGCCACGCGCUACGUUGUUGGCUGUGACGGGGCUCAUUCGGUGGUGCGCAAAUGCAUUCCAGGUGCGACACCCAUAGGAGCCUCAUCGGAUGCUGUCUGGGGUGUGCUCGAUGGCGUGAUUGACACCGACUUUCCAGACAUCUGGAGUAAGGUCGUAGUGCACUCCGACGAGCUUGGUUCGGUCCUUAUGAUCCCUCGCGAGCGCAACAUGACACGCUUGUAUAUUGAAUUGAAGUCCAGCUCAGGCGCUGCAACCCCACCUGGAGAGCGCCAAACCCAAGAGUUCGUGCAAAAACGCGCCCAAGAGAUCAUGCAACCGUACCGGUUGGAGUGGAAAAACGUAGAAUGGUUCGGACGCUAUCAGAUUGGUCAGAGGGUCGCAGCCAGGUUCUCGGAUGAUGAACGACGCGUCUUCAUCGCCGGCGACGCCAGCCACACACAUUCGCCUAAGGCUGCACAGGGAAUGAACACUUCCAUGCAUGAUGCCUGGAAUUUGGCGUGGAAGAUGAACUUCGCAGUCCGCAACCUGGCCAGACCCUCAUUGAUCGAAACGUAUGAACAAGAGCGCAAGAAGAUCGCCCAAGACCUCAUAGAUUUUGACUACGAGCACGCCAAUGCCUUCUCUGCAGGCGAUCCUCAAGCUCUCGCAGACAACUUCAACAAGAAUGUUGCAUUCAUCUCCGGCUAUGGCGUCAACUAUGAGCCGAACGUCCUCAACAUGAGGUCUAAGGGAUACACACGCGGCAAUCUUACUCCAGGUUUCCUCCUUCCACCUGCUAAAGUGACUCGCUUCAUCGACGCGAAUCCCGUGGAUAUUCAGACUGAUAUUCCAGCUCUCGGUCAGUUCCGAAUCUAUAUUUUUGCUAGGAACCUACAUGCAGCCAUGCCGUUCCUCGACGUACUAAGCAAGGCUCACCAAUCCCAUUCCUCUUACGUUGGCCGCGUGACCAUUGCAGGAAACGCAUCAUACACUAUGCAACCACCUCUCGCAGCUCCACAUGAUCAAUUUGUCUGCCCAGAGAGAUACACACCUGUGAGCGGCAUCUUUACAUAUGCGAUCGUAACUGAUAUGAAACGCGCCGACAUCGAAAUCGCACACCUACCACGCAUGCUUCAAGACUCACGUUGGACGUUCUACCUGGAUGACGUUCCUCACCUGGAUACCCGGAAACAGACAGUCAUGGACAAGUGGCUCGAUGGACUCGAUGACAGCGAAAUUGUCAUUGCGAACGUCCGUCCUGAUGGAUACGUUGGUACUGUGAGGCGCUUUGCAGAUGGUGGGUUUGAAAGCGGGAUGAACGCUGUGGCUUGGAUGGACGAAUACUACUCCCAAUUCUUGCGAGACACAUAAACGCUACCGAGAUUUUGCUUUAUGUAUUGCAUAGGACUGGCGUUUACAGGAUACACACAGCCAUUUGUAUCUGUCAACUGGCAGCAUUUGGGGAUAGAUUUAAUCACAGUAUAUUUCAAUACACCACGUAUUUGUACUCAACACCUCCAUUGUAUUGGGUUUGCGAUUACAGUCUUGAUUCACACUUUCUGGCAACCCAUCGUAGCGGGCCUAUGCUUGGGCUCGCCCCGAGAACUCGAGUGGAGUACUUCUCAACCUGUUCGCUAUUCACCCACCAUCGCACGGCAGAAAAUACCGCAAC